AUGGCAGGUGAUACUCCUCCAAAACCUCCAUCCAAGGCGUUAGUGAAGAGUAAAUUACCUUCCAAAAUACCACCAAAGUCCGUUAAUACAGCACCGAAGAGAAAUUCAAGUAAAGUGCCAGGGACAGCCUCAAAGAUUCCAAUCUCAGCAUCGAAAAGUACUUCAAAAGUACCAUCUAAAGUACCAAUCUCAGCAUCUAAACUACCUUCAGCAGUGCCGCCAUCACCAACACCAACACCACAACAAAAAGAAGCAGAAGGAAAGAAAAGUCUAGCAGAACAGGUUCCAGUAAAUGUGGUACCAAUUUCUAAUUCUACCGUCUCUUCUACCGUAAAGAAGGAUGGAGAACAAUCUACUGCCUCAUCCUCUUCCAAAACAAAACUAAUACGUACAUCUAUGCUGGGACAAUCAUCAUCUCCACAUUCUUCUGUUUCAGAUAGAUCUCUCCAUUUUGCAACAUAUGAUGACACACUAAGUUCUGUAGAAACCCCUAGAGGGAUGCCUGGUAUUCUUGAUGUGAAAACUAGAGAAAAUCUUAAGGAACUUCAUGACGAAAAUAAUCUAUCAGUUAAUAGAGAUGGAACCAAUCAAGAACCAGUUUCUCCUAUUCUGUUGCAAAGCACCCAACCAUCAAGUCCUUUCUUGGCAGAUGAUACGGAGAUGGGCAAACAGAAGGAAGAUGUGAUAGGAAAUAAACGUAUCGAAGAUCAUGAUAAGCAAAAAAUGAAUGCAAAUGAACAACUUGUUAAAGCUGAAGGGCAUAUUACACAACUUACUGAAGAGGUUAUUAGACUUCGAGAAGCACUCAGUAAGGUAGAAUCUCCAUUGUUUGUUCAACAUGUUCUACAGUUGGAAAAUGAACUAAAAGAGGUACGAGAAAAAUUAGCCGAAGAAAGAACCUCUACGAGGUAUCAUAAAGAAGCCCACUUAGUGGCAUUAGGAGAAGUCGGUAAACUACGUGAAACGAUGGGUCAAUUUGGAACACAGUCUUCACUCAUUAAACGUAAUACUGAAUUAGAAGCGAGAAUAGAUGAAAUGACUAAAGAAAAGGUUGAACAGGAAUUAGAAAUCGCAAGACUUAAAGAAGAAGCUUAUGCUCUUAAAAUGCAAUUCGGUAACUUAUCCUUUGGUUCAGAAUAUAUUACAGUACGUCUUGCUGGUUUAUGUGAAAUUUGCCGUGAGAAGUUAAAUGCAGAAGCCGAAUACCGUGCCGUGCGGGAUAGACUCUCACAAUUAGCAGAGUCAAAGCCUAUAGGUGUUAUCCCGCCUUCUCUUUCAGAACCUUGGUCUCCUGAUACAGUAAGGAAACUUCAAAAACAACAAGAAGAGGUUCCCUCAUUAAACUCUAGAUCACAUACUUUUACGGCUCCUUCUUCUUUUUCUUCUGGUAUUUCCGGUGUUUCUGGUCGACAAGAAACAAAACAGGAGAGAGUCAUGUCUAGUCCAAAUGUAUUGGCUUCUCGUACAGUUGCUGAGAUGCAGGGCAAUAAAGUGACAGUUUCCGAGCGAUUGCAUGGAUGCGGAGUGAAGAGGAAUGAGUGGAGAGAACUUCUUGCCCCUGAUGGGAGAACUAUAUAUUACAAUACCAUAACGAACAAGUCUACAUUUGAGAUGCCAACAGAACUAAAGAACUUAAGAAAAUGA